AUGUAUUCAACUCCUCCACAAGCAAGAGCACUCCCACUAUCUAUAAACCAACCACACACCGAUGGUCAACAAGUUGGCCUGAUAGGAAAUGCAUUAAAUGAUGAACAGAUAUACCAAUGGAUAAACGAACUUGUCACAGGAACUAAUAGAGAAAAGGCGUUACUAGAAUUGGGUAAAAAAAGAGAGCAAUAUGAUGAUUUAGCUUUAGUCCUUUGGAAUUCCUUUGGUGUAAUUACUGUCUUGUUAGAAGAGAUUAUUAGCGUUUAUCCAUUUUUGGAUCCACCAAAUUUAAGUGCUUCAACUUCAAAUAGAGUAUGCAAUGCUCUUGCAUUGUUGCAAUGUGUGGCAUCAAAUGUACAAACGAGGAGUUUGUUUUUGAAAGCUAAUUUGCCGUUGUAUUUAUACCCAUUCUUAUCUACCAAUGCUCGUCAGAGAUCGUUUGAAUAUUUAAGAUUAACAAGUUUGGGAGUGAUUGGUGCAUUAGUCAAGAAUGACACUCCAGAAGUUAUUAAUUUCCUUUUAACAACAGAAAUAGUACCCUUGUGUUUGAAUAUAAUGGAAAUUUCAUCGGAAUUGUCCAAGACUGUUGCUAUAUUUAUUUUACAAAAGAUACUACUUGAUGAUCAAGGCUUAAACUAUAUUUGUACAACAUUUGAAAGGUUCCACACAGUUGCUUCUGUCUUGUCUAAAAUGAUUGAACAAUUGGCUACAUUAACUAUUACAGGCGCUAAUGGUAAACCUGUUACAGGACAAGGUCAAACGUCGUCGAAUAGUUCAGGAAGGUUAUUGAAACAUGUGGUGAGGUGUUAUAUGCGACUCUCAGAUAACCUUGAGGCUAGAAAAGCGUUAGCAAAUAUCUUACCUGAGCCGUUGCGUGAUGGUUCAUUUUCAUCUAUUUUACAAGAUGAUAUUGCUACAAAGAGAUGUUUAGCUCAGUUGUUGACUAACAUAAAUGAGUUGUAA